AUGGGGACUGCCUACCUCCUCUUGUACGUGGAUGACAUCGUCCUGGCUGCCUCGACUGAUGCUCUGCUACAGCACAUCAUCGCCCGGCUACACGUCUCCGUCGCGCUCAAAGACCUCAGGCCGUUGCAUUUUUUCCUUGGGAUUCAAGUGCAACGCUCGGUGGCUGGGUUCUUCCUCAACCAAGCCCAGUAUGUCGCCGAGCUCCUCGAUCGCGCUGGUAUGACCGACUGCCACCCCGCGCCCACGCCGGUGGACACCAAGGCCAAGCUAUCUUCCUCCAAGGGUGAGCUCGUCUCUGACGCCACCCACUACCGCACCAUCACCGGCGCCCUGCAGUACCUUACGUUGACGUGUCCGGACAUCGCGUAUGCCGUGCAGCAAGUCUGCCUGCACAUGCACGCGCCUUGCCAGCCGCAUUGGGCUAUGGUCAAGCGCAUCCUGCGCUAUAUCCGUGGCACCACCACUCAUGGCUUGACGAUCGCCGCCUCUUCUCUGACCGACCUUGUCGCCUACAGCGACGCUGACUGGGCGGGCUGCCAGGAUACACGGCGCUCUAUGUCAGGCUACUGCAUCUUCCUCGGCGGCUCGCUCAUGUCUUGGUCGUCGAAGCGCCAGGCCACGGUCUCUCGCUCCAGUGCAGAGGCUGAGUACCGUGCCGUCGCCAACGCCGUGGCUGAAUGUUGCUCCACGAGCUCGGCUCCGACCUACCCAAGGCCACGAUCAUCUACUGCGACAAUGUCUCCGCCGUCUACCUCGCCCAGAACCCUGUGCAUCACCGCCGCACCAAACAUAUUGAACUUGACAUUCACUUUGUUCGCGAGAAGGUCGCCCUCGGCGAAUAUCGUGUUCUUCAUGUCCCCACGAGUCAACAAGUUGCCCACGUGA